CUUAUCUGUGGGCCUGGGCGGCUCCGUUAUGGGGUGGGGCUGGCGAGAGGGGGCCCAGACAGCCUCUCAGGAGGUGUCAGUCAGUGCUGGUUGUUCGUCCUCAGUGCAGGACAACAGCACCACAAUCCGGCACGAUGGCUUCCUUCCUCCAGCGCUGCCCCUUCCUGACCCGGGACCCCAGCAUCUUCUUGCUCAAAGCUCGCCCCCUGCUGGUGAGCAGCGCCCAGCGAUGUCCCAUCAUGGUGGCCCGGACCCUGAUGGGCUCCUCCCCAGACCCGCAGAGGGGGACGGACAACCCCAUCCCACUUGCAGCAGGAUCUGUCCCCCGGGAGUCGGAGACCCCAGAAACAGCCUCCAGCCCUUCCCAGACCCACUGCCCCUUCAUGGAGUUGGAGGUGCGGGACGGACGGAGCCGGAUUGUUCAGCGCGCUGGGCCAGAGGUGCAGGAGGAUGUGAAGGUCUACAAGGCAGGAUCCGGAGCUUUCUCCUAUGAUACCUUCCUGGAGGGGCGGCUGGAGGCCAAGCGCCGGGAUCACACCUAUCGCGUCUUCAAGACAGUGACGCGCCGGGCGGAUGCCUUCCCCUUCGCCCGGGAGGCCGCGGGCCCCGAGGUCUCGGUCUGGUGCAGCAAUGACUACCUGGCCAUGAGCCGCCACCCACGGGUGCUGCAGGCUGCCAUGGACGCCCUGCAGCACCAUGGCUUGGGGGCCGGGGGCACCAGGAACAUCUCGGGCACCAGCCAGUACCAUGUGGACCUGGAGCGGGAGCUGGCCCAGCUCCAUCGCAAAGACGCCGCCUUGUUGUUCUCCUCCUGCUACGUUGCCAACGACUCCACCCUCUUCACCCUCGCCAGGAUGAUGCCAGGCUGUGAGAUCUUCUCAGACGCGGGGAAUCACGCCUCCAUGAUCCAGGGGAUCCGCAACAGCGGGGUCCCCAAACACGUCUUCCGGCACAACGACCCCCAGCACCUGGCCCAGCUGCUGAGCCGCAGCCCCCCUGGCAUCCCCAAGAUUGUGGCCUUCGAGACUGUGCACUCCAUGGACGGUGGGAUCUGCCCCCUGGAGGAGCUGUGUGACGUGGCCCAUGAGCACGGCGCCCUCACCUUCGUGGACGAAGUUCACGCCGUGGGGCUGUACGGCGCCCGUGGGGCUGGCAUCGCGGAGCGUGACGGGGUGCUGGGCAAGGUCGACAUUGUCUCCGGCACCUUGGGGAAGGCCUUCGGCUGCGUUGGGGGGUACAUCGCCAGCACGGCGGCCCUGGUGGACACGGUUCGCUCCUACGCGGCUGGCUUCAUCUUCACCACCUCGCUGCCCCCCCCGGUGCUGGCCGGCGCCCUGGCCUCGCUGCGGGUGCUGGCUGGGCCCGAGGGCCGGGGGCUGCGCCGGGCCCACCAGCGCAACGUCAAGCACAUGCGGCAGCUGCUGAUGGACGCGGGGCUGCCCCUUGUCAGGUGCCCCAGCCACAUCAUCCCCAUCCGGGUGGGCGACGCGGCCUUGAACUCCCGGCUCUGUGACCUUCUCCUGUCCCAGCACAACAUCUACGUCCAAGCCAUCAACUACCCCACGGUGCCCCGGGGCGAGGAGCUGCUGCGCCUGGCGCCCUCCCCCCACCACACGCCCCCCAUGAUGGACUACUUCGUGGAGCGCCUGGUGCAGGGCUGGCAGGAUGUGGGGCUCCCCCUGCAGCCCCCCCGCGUCUCCGCCUGCCAUUUCUGCCAGCGGCCCCUGCACUUCGCCCUCAUGAGCGAGUGGGAGCGGGAUUCCUUCGGCAGCCUGGGGGCCCAGUGCGUCACCAGCAGUGCCUGAGCCCGGGAUGGACGGCCCCCCCCGGCGUGGGACGGACACCCCCCCCGCUGCACGGGGCAGACCCUCCGGCGUGACCUGACAAGGGCUCUAAAUAAAACCCACUCAGCUUG